UCACAUUCCGCCGCACUCAAACGAUAUUUUUUAGUUGCUGAAAAAAAAUUGUUUACUUCUGCGUUUGAAAAACAACAUCGGAAAAUCAGCAGUGGACCGAAGAUUUCUGUUAAAAAACAGUGCAAAUUUGUCCUCCCACGCACCAGCUUACCGGGCGAGAAUCAUGGACCGCGGCAGGCGGCUCUCGUCGGAAAGUGGCUCCGGGGACUCGGCCACCAUUGCAAACAUCAACUUCACCACCGAUAAGUAUCCGUUCUGUAUCGUAUGGACCCCGAUUCCGGUGUUAACCUGGUUCUUCCCCUUUAUCGGUCACAUGGGCAUCGCCAUGUCCAACGGGGUGAUACGGGACUUUGCCGGGCCGUACUUUGUUUCUGAGGAUAACAUGGGCUUCGGAAGGCCAACCCGAUACCUGCAGCUGGAUGCGCACUUUGUUGAGGGUGGCAUCAUUGAGUGGGACGAAUCCGUAUCGAAGGCUUCGGUAGUGUACGGGACCCGGAUGCACAACCUCUUUCUGGACAAUUGCCACUCGCACGUCGGCAUGGCCCUGUCUCUGAUGAAGUACAAACAGUACACCAACUGGAAUAUGGUCGUGCUGGCGUUUUGGAUGUUCUUCGCUGGAAAGUAUGUAGGCUGGAAGGGUUUCCUGAAGACCUGGACUCCUUUUGCGGUGGUACUGGUGACAUGUACCUUAGUGGCGAUCUACUUGAAAUAGAACUUCACAAUCCCCACACACAUCCUGAACUGAUACAACAACUAAACUAAUUCUUUCCUUAAGAUGACAAAUGUGAAAAUUGUGAGAGGCAUAAGCUAUCAAUGCACUGUAUUUAUUUUUUUUAUUUAUGUACUAAUCGAUGAAUGAAUAAACAGUA